AUGACUGAGAAGAAGAAAUAUACUAUUGUUAUCAAAUUGGGCUCGUCUUCUUUGGUGGACGAGAAGACGAAGGAGCCAAAAUUGGCGAUUAUGUCACUGAUCGUGGAAACCGUGGUAAAGUUGAGACGGGAGGGUCACAGGGUGAUUAUUGUCUCUAGUGGUGGUAUUGCUAUUGGGCUACGGACGAUGAACAUGGAUAAGAGACCAAAACGUCUCGCAGAGAUUCAAGCUAUUGCAGCUGUGGGUCAAGGUAGACUUAUCGGUAGAUGGGAUCUUUUAUUCUCUCAAUUUGGUCAGAGAAUCGCCCAGAUUCUUUUGACUAGAAACGAUAUCCUCGAUUGGACCCAGUAUAAGAACGCUCAGAACACUAUCAAUGAGUUAUUAGAUCUAGGUGUCGUUCCAAUCGUUAAUGAAAACGAUACUUUAUCAAUCCGUGAGAUUAAAUUCGGUGAUAAUGAUACAUUAUCAGCCAUUACCUCAGCGCUUGUUGGUGCCGACUACUUGGUUCUACUCACUGAUGUGGACUGUCUAUAUACAGACAAUCCAAGAACAAACCCAGACGCUAAACCAAUAGUGAUCGUUCCAGAUUUAUCUCAAGGUUUGCCAGGUGUAAAUACUGCAAGCGGUUCGGGUUCUGACGUCGGUACAGGUGGUAUGGCCACCAAAUUAAUUGCUGCAGACUUGGCUACGAAUGCAGGUACACACACGAUUAUCAUGAAAAGUACGGUUCCAGCAAAUCUUUGUAAAGUUGUAGAGUACAUGCAAAAUCUCGAUAUGGAUUCUAAUUCUGCAAGAGAUAAAUAUAAAAGCUGUGACAUAUGGGACUUGCAACAACAGGAAUUCGAAAGAUUAAUCAAAUUAGAUGUUCCACUUCACACUAAAUUUAUUGCUAAUGACACCAAACAUCAUUUGAAAAACAGAGAAUUCUGGAUAUUGCACGGCCUUGUCGCUAAAGGUUCCAUCAUUAUCGAUCAGGGCGCAUAUCUCGCUUUAACACGUAAGGAUAAAGCUGGUUUAUUACCAGCUGGUGUCAUUGACGUCGAAGGAUCAUUCCAUGAUUUAGAAUGUGUCGAUAUCAAAAUUGGUAAAAGACUGCCAAAUAGAGAGCUAGACACAUCAAGUCCUUUGAAAAUUGUUGGAAGAGCUAGAUGUAAUUACACUAGUGUUGAAAUUGCCAAGAUAAAGGGCCUACAAAGUGAUGAAAUUGAAGAUAUUUUAGGCUAUAUUGACAGUGAAUACAUUGCACGUAGAGAAAAUUUGGCUUUCCCUCCUCAUUAA